CCAAAUACCUUUUUCCUGCACUUUCUAGAUUUCAUCAAGUGAUCGUUUAUAAAUACGAGAUGGCCGCUGCCGAUGCAAUCCCACCUGCACAAUAUUUUACUUCGCUCUCCCGCAACUACAGCCGUCAAACUGGCAACUCAACCCGUGCCUUAUUUGCCUCGAUUGCAGGACGCAUUACACCGGCUAUCACACCAUCUUCAGUAAUCCAUGAUAAUGCAGGUGGUGUCGGCACUGCUACUUCAGUGAUUCUCGAUAAUCUCGCCCCCACCUCUCCCGAUGACAUUCCAGAAGUCUUGAUUACCGAUAAUAACCCUGCGAUGAUUGCCGCGGCGAGCGAGAAUUUCAUGGAAAUGAAUUCCAGAAUCACGGCAGCCGAGGCAGAUUCUCAAGAUUUAAGCAGCAUCGACGACGCCAAGUUCACUCACUCUAUUGUCAACUUCUCGGUCUUUCUUUUCCCGAAUGCGCUUCAAGCGCUUCGUGAGAUUCAUCGCACUCUCCAAGCUGAUGGCGUUGCGGUGCUACUGACUUGGAAACGAUUCGGAUUCGGCUCCACUAUUCACGUCGCUCAGAGUCUCGUUCGACCUGAUCUGCCGCCGAUCCCAAUCCCCGGGUCACAGUUUAUGAACCCGGGUGUGUUGGCCGAGCUUGUUAUCAAGGCUGGAUUUAGUGAGGCAGAAAUGCACGUCUACCAAGAUAACACCGUAAGGAAAGAUGAAGACCUUGAAGGAAUGAGAGAGUUCAUGUUGGCGGAUUUCUCCAGGGUAGUUAUGAAAGACUGGACAGAGGGAGAGAGGGCAAGAUGGCCUGCAGCCGUCGACGAGGCCAUCCGGAGGGAGGUUGAGCAAUAUGGGGGUAUUCUAUUUGAGUCUUGGGCUGUAAUUGCUCAUAAAUAGGCUAAGAACACGCUAGGACGGAGUCACAAUAUUGACUCUACCGAAAAUCCGAGUUUGUUCUACAUAGCAAAUUGUAGCGUACUCGACAUCCGUCCGAAUUAGAACAAUUCCCAG